AUGACCAAGGUGAUAUUUCUCAACCUGCUUAAUGAGCUUUGGGACCUUCAUCGAUUACACGGGUCAUCAAGAACAACUGUCAGAGAGGUGUUGGCAAUUACCAUGUAUAUCUUAUCCCAAAAUGAAUCUAUUAGAGGAGCUAUGGAGCGGUUCCAACAUUCCUCGGAAACCAUUAGUAGAUAUUUUUCUAUGGGUUUAAAUGCGCUGGUGAGUCUGGCAUACAAGUUAAUAAAGCCCAAGGAUCCAAUUUUUCAGACCAUUCCCACACAAAUUACAAAUGAUCCUCGAUACAUGCCCUUCUUCAAGGACUGUAUUGGAGCUAUUGACGGAACGCACGUCGAUGCACUCUUUUCUCCUACAGAGAAAGUCGCUUACAUCGGACGGUGUGGAUCCCCAACACAAAAUCUCAUGGUCGUGUGUGAUUUCAAUAUGUAUUUUACUUUCGUGAUGGUUGGAUGGGAAGGUAGCGCACGCGAUAGCCGUGUUUUCAAGUUUGCUACUAGGAACCGAGAAUAUGGGUUCCCUUACCCUUCUCUUGGUAAGUAUUACUUGGUCGACGCCGGAUAUCCCUUACAAAGGGGGUUUCUUAAGCCGUAUCCAGAUACAAAGUAUCACAUCCCAGAUUUUGAAAGGUCUAGCGGUGUAGCAUGCGGGAAAGAAGAAUUAUUCAAUAAAAGACAUUCAUCACUGCGAGGCGUAAUUGAACGAUUGUUCAGAGUGUGGAAGAAGAAAUGGGUAAUAUUGCGUGAUAUGCCCACUUAUCCGUUUCUGAAACAGGAUGAUGAAUUCCAGACAUUCAUGGAAGUCCGAGAAAGUGAUAUGUCAUUGCGGACUACCGUCCUUGCUACUCAUGUCACGCCAGACACGACCGGAAGACUGCAAAUUCUUCAG